AUGACUUCCACUCCAACAUUCCCAGACACCUCUGCACACGAGGCAUUGCCAUCGAAUGUGGCUCCAACACACUACAAAAUACACCUUUUCAACCUGGACACUGCAAAGAACACUUUCAGUGGAGUUGCCAACAUUCAUUUUGAUGUCAACGGCACCACCAGCAGCAUCAUACUCCACCAGAAGUUUCUCGAAUUCCAGAAGACCAAGAUAGUCGCCAAUCUAGCCAAGACCAGGACCGAGAUUCCAGUGAAGUCCGUCAAGAAGAAUGAUGCCAAAGAGACGGUCGAGUUCCAUUUGAGCGAGGAUAACACUUCGGCAAUUGCCAAAGGCUCGAUUGACAUGGAAAUUCACUACACAGGAGUAAUCAGAACAGACAUGGCAGGCUUCUAUUCGUCUCACUACGAGGAUAAGGAAACAGGCAAGACAGAAUACAUAUUAACAACACAGUUUGAGUCUGCAGAGGCCCGUUCGGCCUUCCCAUCGUAUGAUGAGCCAAGCAGUAAAGCCACCUUUGACAUCUCACUUACCGUUGAUAAGAAUCUUUGCGUGCUCUCGAACAUGCCAGUUGCGUCAUCCAAGACCUUGGACAGCGGGAAAAAGGGGCCUGGAUUCGACAAACCACUCAAGGAAGUGCGGUUUGAGACCAGUCCAAAGAUGUCAACAUACUUGGUGGCCUGGGCAGUUGGCAAGUUUGAGUACAUAGAGGAUCAAACCGACAAAGUUUACAGCGGCAACCACAUUCCUAUCCGUGUGUACACUCUUCCUGGGCAGUCGGAAACGGGAAAGUUUGCCCUUUCCGUUGCCAAGAAGGACGUCGACUACCUCUCGAAAAUCUUCGAUGUCGAUUAUCCUCUUCCAAAGUUGGAUCUUCUUGCCGUGCCCCAGUUUGGUGCGCACGCAAUGGAGAACUGGGGGAUGGUCACUUUCAGGGCCACCGCCUUGCUUUUCGACCCGGCCAAGUCCGAUGCUGUCUAUCAGCAGAGUGUUGCAUACACCGUGUCGCACGAAAUUGCACAUUCCUGGUUUGGAAACUACGUCACCAUGAGCUGGUGGUCGCAUCUCUGGCUUAACGAGUCCUUUGCCACGUUCGUGGGCUCUCUUUGCGUUGAGAACAUGUACCCUGAGUGGGACACGUUCACAGACUUUGUGACAAACGGUGUUGAAGUGGCCCUCGAUCUCGAUUCCUUACGUAAUUCCCACCCUAUCGAGGUCAAAGUGAACACUGCUGCUGAAAUUGACGAGAUUUUCGACCCCAUUUCGUACUUGAAAGGUGGCUCUGUCAUCAGGAUGGUUGCCAAUGCCGUUGGAAUCGAUGUUUUCUUGAGGGGUGUCUCCAAAUACCUCAAGAAGUAUGCAUUUGGCAAUGCCAAAUCGGACGAUUUGUGGGAUGCCGUGUCUCAAGUUUCAGGCAUCGACAUCACAGGCCUUGUCAGUCCAUGGAUUAGGGCCGUCGGACAUCCUUAUCUCUCUGUUUCCAAGUCGGCCGAUUCGAAAAGCAUCAAAAUCACACAGAAGCGUUUUCUAUCGAGCGGUGAUGCUACUGCAAAAGAUGACGAGAUCACGUGGUGGAUCCCUAACGUUUCUGCACUAGAAGGAGGCAAAAAGGAGGCAACCGUUCCAGUUGAGGGUUUCUUGAAGUUGAAUAAAGAUACCUAUGGCUUCUACCAGGUCAUCUAUGACGACGCGCUUUUCCAGAACAUCCUUGCACAUCUUGACCAGCUCUCGCCAGAAGACAAGAUUGGACUCAUUGCAGACACGUCUGCCGGAGCACAGGCUGGCUUGAUGAAGACUUCACAGCUUUUGGACUUGCUAUAUGCAUUGAAAGAUAAUGAGGACAAUGUGAAUGUCUGGACAGAGGCUGUCAAGAGGCUCAACACCCUAAAGCAGCUUUACUUCUCUGAUCCGGAUGUGCUCAAGAUGCUCAAUGGCUUCUCCAAAGAUUUGUUCAGUGGCAGAUUCACCAAAUUGCACGGCAGUAAGCAAAGUUUGAGCUUCCAGGAGACGAAAUUGGAAGCACUUCUUUUUGCAGAAACCGGUGUUGCCGGAUGCCAGCAGGCAAUAUCGAUUGCCGAGGCUUUGUAUAAGGCUGGAAACGUUAGUCCCUACCUCAAACUUCCAGUCUACAAGACACUUUUGGCCAAUCCAGACAGCUGUACUCUAAGUGCAUUUGAUACUGUUAUAAAGGAGGCAAAGAAGCCGGUGGCUAUUGACUCUACAGAAAUUUGCCUAAGUGCCUUGGGAUAUAUCGCCAAUGACACUUUGCUUGACAAGGUGCUUUCCCUAUAUUUCUCCAAGUACGUGCUUGAGAUGGACUACUCCUUCCUCACAAUGUCAUUGGUCGAGAACCCAAGGACUAAAGUCGCCUUUUGGAAAUUCUUCGAAAGCCACUAUCCAGACUUCAGGAACAAGGUUGCAAUGUGGACUCUUGACAGACUUAUCAAGAGCUUCCUCCCUAAGCUUGUUUCAGCUGAUUUGUAUAAGGACGCCAGCACAUUUUUUGCCGAUAAGGAUACAACAGGCUACACUAAGGGUCUCAAGCAAGGGUUGGACUCUAUAAAAUACAGCUUGCUUUGGUCCGACAGAUCUAAAACGGAUGUGUUUGAAUGGCUCAAGAGUAAGGGAUACUGA